AUGAAUUUGAAUAUAUCGAAUGCAGCGAAAUAUAUUUGGAAAACUCAAGCUAUUCCUGGAUUUGGGUUCCAGCAAGUUAGAAACAAAUGGGCGAAUUGGUUGAUGAUCAGAGACGUAAAACGUCGUCGUAUGAGCGCUGAAAAUUUUCUAGAGAGGUCUAGAAUAAAUGCUUUAAGGAAGAAUGAUGUUCUACCAAUUGAAAUAAGAGAACUGGCUGAUAAAGAGAUUAACAAAUUUGAGCUUAAUGCCACUCCCAUGAGAAUAAAUAACAGAUGUGUUAUUACAUCAAGGCCCCGUGGUAUAGUGAAGGAAUGGAGAAUGAGCCGUAUUGUGUGGAGACAUCUUGCCGACUACAAUAAACUGUCUGGCGUUCAAAGAGCUAUGUGGGGUUGA